AUGUCUUCGACUACUCUUAUCACUUUUCUUCUAAUGACAUAUCCAGAGGUCCGAUCGGUCAAACUUUUCGGAUCGUGGGAUAAUUUCGCCCGGCCGUAUCUGAUGGAGAGGGACAGGCGCAUGGGGCCUGGCCAAUGGCGCGGGUGCCACACCUUCACAGACAUUUUGAGUGAUGGAUCGACCAGCGAUAGAUCUAAAUGGCGCACCGGCGGUCUCAAGAUGGGAGCGACAUACUGGUACUACUAUUUGCUGGACAAUGACAGGGAAUACUGCAACCCAGCGGAGCCGAUGACCACCAAGUGCCCCUUCUUGCCAGGGCAGCCAUUGAAUAUUCUGAAUGUGCCCAUCAUUCUUCCCGAUAGCGGCUAUGGAUCCUUCAGGAACGACGGAUCAGAAGGGUUCAAUUACAGGACAAUGAACCCAGAAGACAAAUUUCUGAACCCUCGCAAACCCCCCCAACCGACUGUGGCGCGACUACAGACAUCCUUGGCUCCGAAUUAUCAUCAAAAUACGACCCCUGGACUUCGCCUCUCACCAAACGUCCAUUACCGCAGCUCUUCCCAACCCAGCAGUGCUACCCGAAGGCACUACCAUGGCAAGGACGCACGAUCGGUCUCGCCUCCACGAGAUCGUCUCCUCGCGAUCGGGUGUCAAGGAGCGAACAUGUCCAAAAGCGUCGAGUUUCUGUCGCGGUCCAUCCCUGCGGAAAAGAGCAUCCACCCCUCGCGAGGAGGCCAAAUCAAUCCGAAAUCUGGUGUACCAAAUAAGUCUUCUGUGGCAGCAGAUUCUACUUCUGUACCCUCCAUCCAGACCCGCCGUGCAAUCAAAAUGAAUGGGCUGGGUGCAGGUCGACCUUUCAACGGCCUCACUGUGGAAACACGACUCAGAUCCAGUGUCUCCAGAGACAUUGCCGUGGGGCCCAAUGGAGCAAUGGGUGAUGAUUUGCAGAUCUCCAAGGAUCCCUCGACGAUGGCCUGUUCCAGUGGCGCGACAACACCUCGCAAUAAUAGCGCGCAAGAGAAACGACUACCUUCGCUUCCCAACACCCCGUCAUCUGUGAUGGAUGAGGCGGUGCAAGCCAUGGACGAAACGGACAAGGAAAUGAGCUCUCAGAUCCUGCGCAGUCAUUUCUCGAGCCUGACAACCGUCGCACCCGAGUCUGCCUGCUUCCAAUCCGACGCGGAGAACAGCCGAUUUUCGGAAUGGAGCACCGAUACCGAUACCGAGCCUGAAGUCGAGGAGGAGGAAAAGAAGGUUCCGCUGCUAGAACUCAUGUGCCCUGCCCCUUCCACUCAGCAGACUACCACAGCCUCACCGGACAUCGACGAAUGGCGUACCCCAGACCUGAGCGACGUUGGCGACACUUCGACCAACACCGACCCCAACACCCCGCAUCUCACAGCCGCUUCCAAGCCGUCCUCUCCCAACUCCGUGUCCGGCGAACCCAUCCCGUGGAAGCUCGAGCCUCUAGAACUCUACCUGCCACGGCUCACGCUCUCUCUAUCGUCCCCGGGCUUGACAGCCGGUCUCGGGAUCGACCAACAACUAGACGAAGUUGAACGAGAUCCCAAACGUCACGCCGCUCUCUUUGAUGCUCUCGAGUCCAUCGAUUCCCUCUCUCAUGCUCGCAGCCCCAUCGACUCUCCAAUCUUGCUAUCCGACCCACGCUAUGGGGAACGGGGCUCUUCGGAUCGAGAGGGUCUCUAUCAGCCCCUUCUCUCUCCGGCCGGCGAGGCGUCGAUGCAUGGUAAUAGUACGAUGCAGGAAAUCAUGGACGAAUUGAGUUACUUGAAAAAUAUGAUUCAGGCGGAGAUGGACGGCGAGCCCUUCUGA